AGCCUGAGGCAUGCUGGGAACGCGCUCCAGGAGACGGGCGCGCGCGCGUGCAGAUGUGUCGCAGAUUUGUUGAAAGUCUCUCGGAAAGACCCUCGUGCCAUAAGGAAAUCUGCCCGGACCCCGCUGAAACCCGCAGCGGCUGAGCGUGGAGGGCGCGCGGCGGCGAGCGCGAGCUGUCAGCGGCAGCAGCUCGCGCGUUAGCUUAGUUUGUGACUUUGACAGUUGGAGGGGGGGGAGCAGCGGAGAGAUGGAGCUAUCUGCUAUCGGGGAGCAAGUGUUCGCCGUGGAAUCGAUCCUGAAGAAAAGAGUUAGGAAGGGGAACGUGGAGUAUCUGCUGAAGUGGAAAGGAUGGCCUCCAAAGUACAGCACCUGGGAGCCGGAGGAGCACAUUCUGGACCGGCGCCUGGUUCUGGCCUACGAGGAGAAAGAAGAGCGGGAGCAGGCGCUCAAAGGCCUGAAGGCCCAAAAGCUUUUCCUCCAGGAUGGGGUCUACACCAUGGACCUCCGCAGCGCUCACAAGGGUCCUGAGAAGGCUCCGCCCCCCCUGCAGUUCUCAGUGGCGUCUUGUUUGGAGUCGGAGGACGAGGACGACUCCAACAGCGACUGCAGGUCUCGGCGUCCUCUGGCUCACCGCGAGUGCAAGCAGAGGAUGUCGCAGAGAAGAUACUUCGACUCCAGCUCCUCUAGCCCCGCCCAGGAGGACUGGAACGAGCUGGAGUCCCAGGAAAGCGUAGAGGAGGAGGAGGAGGAGGAGGGGGCCGCAAACACAUACAAAGGCUUCUUAAACGAGCAGAGGGGAGCAGACGGCUGGAGCUCUGCCGUCACCCCAAACGCCGUCGAGGCGUCCGCAUGGAGACCCGGUGUGGCGCCGGGGGACGUGACGGUCACAGAUGUCACCCUCAACGCCCUCACGGUGACUUUCCGGGAGUCCGGCAUGGCCACGGGCUUCUUCAGACCCGCUCAGCCGGCGUGCCUGCAGCCACACGGUUCGCACUGAGACGCCGGACGUGUGCCCCCCCUAUUCACGCUCUGUCUUCUCCCGCCCCACAUGGGGCGCCCGAGGGGAAAAGGUUGUCGUCACAUCAGGAGGAACGCCAAAGAGCCCCGACCGAGUCCUGAGCACCGGACCGCCCCCCUUAAGCGUGCCAAAACACUGUGGAACAGACCCAGACAUCCCAUAAUCCCUCGCCACGUUAGCCUGAAAACAGCCAGAAGAAUCCCGCCUUAAAUUCAAACACAAACCCGGCCGCCUGGCGCUGAUGGAGGAGCGGACCGCCGAAACUCUCCUUUCUGAGCGUUAAGUCAGCCUUCGUGUGAUGAGAUGAUCCUCUAGAAGAACCGCCUAAAAGUCCUGUUUCCAUGACAUCGACUGUAAAUGAGAAUUGGACCGAGUCACAGACGUGUGACGUCAUCCAGAGAAAAUGCUCCAAAGUCGCCAUUUUCUUUUCGUAAUGCGGACGCCGCCAUGUUGGAGCCAGACGUCGUCAAAAAGCAGAGAUUGAUCCGAGUCGGUCCAGUCCGGCCCGACCACUUCAAAGCGGGCUACACCAAAUCCUAGGUCGUAGGGGCCAGCAGGCUCCUCCUACUGUUAUUGAAGCAUCUGAUUGGUCAGUUUAUAACUGGAAUUACAGGAAAAAUAUCAGGAUAAAACAGAGAAAGAUGGUUCUUCUGACCAACAGGAUGACUGAGUAGCAGCUGUUCAUUUCUCCAUUGAAGUCUGGGGGAUAUGCAGGUACUUCCUGUUUGGAACGUGGGGGGGGGGGGGGGGGCACUCAGUCCAGUCCUCAGAUACAGUCAAUGCCUCCUACCAAAGGAAGACUCGCAUAAAAACAUUUCACAUAUUUCAGUUGGCCAGAAAGCCUCAUUUUGAGUUUAUUACAGAUGUUUUUGUCAGUCUGUCAUCUGUGGAGACGCUUGAGGUGAAGUUAUGGACCAAAGAUGAUUAUAUUUUCACCCAAAUGCAUCACCAUGGUAACCCAGGACAAAGACGUCCUCAGAGAUGACGCGGCGCAGUUGGUGGAACGGCGGGAUUUUGUUCCUGAAACGAAGCACUUUGAGAGAGCGGGAAAACCUGAAACAGGUGGAUGUGGGGACUGAUGGGGGGGGGGGGGGUCACAGAAUCAGCUAGACAAACUUUUUCAUUUUUUUAGGAAGACAGACGUUGUGUUCAGCAGUGACAUCAGCCUCCUGUUCCAUCUACGCUACUUUGAAGCCGUUUCAGAACCUGAACUGGAUCCAGUUCUCCAUACGUGUGACCAUCUUUGAGCUUCCUGAGGUCUAAAACAUCAACAGAAGCCCGUCGGCGUGAGCGUCCUUCAGGCCUUCAGUCCAGACUUCCGCCUGAAAACCGUCUGGAGCUCGGCGUCAGUCAAAAACACCAAACUCCAUGUGCUCCAUCCGUGUCCCGCUUCUCCUUUUCCAGGGUGGAGUUGAGCCUUAAAACUUUGUAAAGUCAAAGCCGUGCCCCCCUACCCCCUCAGUGGGAUGGCCCCCGCCCUGCAGGUGCAGCACGGACUCUCCAACAGCUGAGAUUCAUCCGGAGGAUGUAAAGGCCUGAUGCUCCUGUGUGUGAAGCGCAGAGCUGAUGUCACUGAUGCCCCGCCCCCUGACCUCAUGACAGGAUCAUUGGACUGUCGGGGCAGCUUGUGUUUAACGUUUGCAGUGAAUGUUUGUUUUUAUGUUGAAUCUGCUGCACUUUAUCAUGAUAUGACCCUCACAGGCUCCCAUCCAUGUGUUCUAAUAAAUGUUGCUCAUGUUUGCAAUGA